GCUAGGAGCACAGUCACCUUUCGUUGCUCACCCUCCCCUGACCUUGAUCUCAGGAUGGCCAGGAGACUCAGGAACAGCUUAUACAGCUCAGAGGAAGAAGAUGAGGACAUAGAAAUGUACGAACAUGAUUAUGAUGGCAUGCUUUCGAAAGGAAAGCGGCAUAUGGGCAAGACGCGAUGGACACGCGAAGAGGAUGAAAAGCUGAAGAAAUUAGUAGAACAGAAUGGCACAGAGGAUUGGAAGGUUAUUGCUAGUUUCCUUCCGAACCGGACAGAUGUUCAGUGCCAGCAUCGAUGGCAGAAGGUUUUAAACCCUGAACUUAUUAAGGGACCGUGGACCAAAGAAGAAGACCAGCGGGUAAUAGAACUAGUACAGAAGUAUGGCCCCAAACGCUGGUCUGUCAUUGCCAAGCACUUGAAAGGGAGAAUUGGCAAGCAGUGCAGAGAGAGAUGGCACAAUCAUCUGAAUCCAGAAGUGAAGAAGACCUCCUGGACAGAACAAGAGGACAGAAUAAUCUUUGAGGCACACAAGCGCCUUGGAAAUAGAUGGGCAGAAAUUGCCAAGCUUCUUCCUGGGAGAACGGAUAAUGCUAUCAAGAACCACUGGAAUUCUACUAUGCGGCGCAAGGUCGAACAGGAAGGUUAUCUGCAGGAAUCAUCCAAAACCAACCAGGCUUCUGUAGCCACAAGCUUUACAAAAAACCCCUUAAUGGCCUUUACCACUCACACUGCACCUUCUAUACAGCUUGCUCAAAGCAGCCACGUCCCAAGUUUCUACUACCAUCUGCCUGAGCCACCAAAUGCACCUUAUCCUGUAGCACUUCAUGUAAAUAUAGUCAACGUCCCUCAACCAGCAACUUCUGCUGUCCAGAGACAAUAUAAUGAUGAAGAUCCAGAAAAAGAAAAGAGGAUAAAAGAAUUGGAGUUACUACUUAUGUCAACGGAAAAUGAACUGAAUGGACGUAACGCAAUACCAAACCAUGCAGAAGAAUAUCCAGUUUGGCAGAGCACAACGAUCGCUGACAACUCUAGGCCCCAUGGUAACAGUGCUCCUGCUUCUUGCCUUGGGGAACCCCAUCACUGUACACCUUCUCCUCCAGUAGACCAUGGUUGCCUGCCAGAAGAAAGUGCUUCACCAGCUAGGUGCUUUGGUGUAAAUCUGUUAAUACAGAUGAAGGAUAUGCCUGAAUACAAUGAUACUUUGCAAUAUAUCGAUUCUGAUUCUUCUUCAUGGAGUGAAGUCAACAGUUUUGAAAGCAGUGAGAAAGCAGAUUCCUCAAACAGCAGUUCCCCCUCAGGCCGAGACUCCGAGCCUCCCAAGGAGAUGGGCGGCCUGUGCGGCCCUGGGGCUGAAUCUGAUACAGACAUAGGCACAACCAUGCUCUGUAUGGGUUCUCCCACUUCGCCCAGUUCCCUAGAUUGCUCAAAGUGCAGCCAGUCGCCGUUGAUCGUCCUGUGCAAAAAGAGAGGGCGUCUCAGUUGCCUAACCAGUGGAGAGAGUGGUCUCUCCCCAAUCAAAAGCCUGCCCUUCUCUCCCUCUCAGUUCUUAAACCCAGUGUCGGCACAUGAGGGGAUGGACAUCGAACAACCCACUCUAAGCUCCACCCCACUGUGUUCUUCCCACAAGACCCCCAUCACCACACCACUUCACCGAGACCACACACUGCGACUACAGAAAGAAAAUCACAUUCUUAGAACACCAGCCAUAAAACGAUCAAUUUUGGACAGCACUCCAAGAACGCCCACUCCUUUUAAAAACGCUUUAGCAGCUCAGGAGUUCAAAUAUGGGCCACUGAAACUUUCGCAUCACACCCCCUCGCACCUUGCAGAAGACCUUCAGGAAGUCAUUAAACAGGAGUCUAAUGAGUCUGGCAUUGUACCCGAGUUCCAUGACACAGAGGAACCUCUAUUAAAGAAAAUUAAGCAAGAGGUGGAGUCACCAACUCAUAAGAUGGGAAACUUCUACUGGGAACAUGACAACCUCACAACUCAGCUAUUUGCUCAGCACAAUAUUCUUGAAGAUACUCCAAAUCUUCUUACCAGCUCUUUGCUGAUGAAACCAAUGUCUGAUAAAGAGGAUCACCGACUGAGGUCUUUUACUGCUCAAAGAAAUAGAAUAUUUCCAAACCCAUUACAGCAGCUUGGCAAUACAUUAGAAGCAAUGUCUUGUGGGAAGAUAGACGAGCACAAGCUGUAUACAGAAAUGUAUCAUAAAUGCAUGAAGACGGUAUCCACGCUUGUCAUGUGAUGGGCUGGUGGAUCUGAACAAGCAUUAUCCUUUUCGAAACACUUCAAGAUAAUUCGGAAUUCCGUAAACAAUUCCUCUACAUUAAACUUUGGGAGUUUUGUUAAUUGGGAGACUUUUGUUGUGGUACAACAGUUGGGAGCAGCACAAAGUGCAUUUUGUUCUAAUCUCUGAGCUUUUUGUUGGAUUUUCAUCCUACCAAUACAUUUAUUUGGGGGGUGUACAUUUCCACACACAAAAAAUGACAAUUCUGCCUAAGUAUUUGGGCGUUGCAUUGUAAUUUAUUACAUUUGCGAAAUCUGAACAGUUAAAGAACAAGUAAACUCA